GGCAACUCUAAAAUUUUCCUGUCGUUUUGACACACACAAAGCUAUAUAUACCGAAAACUACUGGAAUUUAAUUUAGCAUAAUGGCGAUUUCUUUUUGACAAUUCGCCCUCCUAUUUGCGCACGUGUUUUCUUACGCACUGAACAGAAAAAAUUAUUAAAAAGAUGAAUCCAGAAAAAUUGAAAAAGUUGCAAGCGCAUGUGCGUAUUGGUGGAAAAGGCACUCCACGCCGUAAGAAGAAGAUUGUACACUCUACCCCUGCUACCGACGACAAGAAGCUGCAGUCGUCGCUGAAAAAAUUAUCGGUUAACACAAUUCCCGGUAUCGAAGAAGUAAAUAUAAUUAAGAAUGACGGAACCGUCAUUCACUUCAAUAACCCAAAAGCACAAGCAUCUCUCCCAACAAACACUUUCGCUAUUACUGGGCAUGGGGAAAACAAGUCGAUUUCCGAAAUGUUGCCAGGAAUUUUAACACAAUUGGGCCCACAAGACAUCACACAGUUGAAGAAGAUCGCAACGGAAUUCGCAAAUAAAGGUGCUGUUGGGUCUGGAGCUGCAGCUGGUGGCUUAGGAGGUGUGUCUGCAGCUGCAGCGGAUGACGAUGUUCCAGAUUUGGUGCAGAAUUUCGAGGAAGUGGCAAUUGGAGGAGUUUCACCUGCUGCUGCUAAAGGUGUAGAUGCCCCUAGUACAGCAGAGUCCACACAAAAAACUGAAGAGGUUCCUGUAGCCUAAGCCGUUUUUUACGAUUGAAUCUAAGGGUUUGCGAUGCCGACAGCAAGCAACAUCUUAAAAAAAAAACUAAACAAAAUGCGUGGGAAAAUAUUAAGGGAAGACGAUGAAUAAAUUUAGUAUUCGUCAUUUAUAUAGAUCGGACGUGCGUUGUAUUUGAAGUAAUAUUAUGAAAACCGUAGCAAUUAACAAGGAAACAUAGUACACCAAACAUAACCAGACGAAAUGUGAACCAAUUAAAUAUUGAAAGAAACUUUGUUUCUAUCACAAAAUAUGAAAUUUUUGUUUUCUCACACUACAUCAAAGACCGAUAAAAUAAAACACUUUUAUGUAAAGGAAAUAUGAAAAUAAGAACUUCUACAAUUCUAAUCAAACAUAUACACUCCAGUAGAAACAUUGCCAAUGCAUAUGUACGUUUAAAAAAGUAGAGUAAACACAAAAUGCAAGGAAAUUUAUUAUUUCAUUACAAAUUAUCUUCCCUAAAAUACCAUUUAUUUUGUCACAAAUCAUCAUAAGAGAUUCGAUUAGUUUACAUUGUCGAAAAUACCCUAAAAAGUCCAAAACCCUUUUUACUUUUUAUUAAAAACGAUUUUCCUACGAACUAUUCAUUAAUUUUCUUUAAUGUGUAAAAUGACAUUAAUUAUGAAUUACAACUUUGAUCAAACUUAUACCAAAACAAUUUAGAAGCCCUAAAGGCAAAUGAAUAAACUAAUCUAAUACAAAACGUGAGUUAAAA